GUGAGGAUGUCUCUGCUGUUCUUGUGGUCUCUAUCUUCCUCCCUCACAGUCAGCCUGUCCUCCAGCCUAGCCACAGACUCAGAGUGUGCUCUGCUGAGUGGCUUUGAUCCUGGGUUCGUGGCUGAUGGUGACUUUGUCAUUGGGGGUAUUUUCCCCCUGCACUACAACCAGGAGAUGCCAGACGUCAACUACACCUACCAACCAACAGCAGUCAAGUGCAAUGGGUUUGAUCCGAGGGCUUUCCGCUGGGCUCAGACCAUGAGGCUGGCGGUGGAGGAGAUCAACCAGAGUGUGCAGCUGCUGCCCAACCACAUGCUUGGCUACAAGAUCUUUGACUCAUGUGCCUAUCCUCUGACAGGGCAGAGGGCUGCUCUGGCAAUGUUGAACGGACUGGGCCAGGCUCACAUGUGUUCUGGUGCCUCUCCUCUUCUGGCUGUUAUCGGAGAAUCCGGUUCUGCGCAGUCUAUUGUCGUAUCCAGAAUCCUGCAGCCCUUUAAAAUACCCAUGAUCAGCUACUUCUCGUCGUGCGCGUGCCUCGGUGACAGGAGGAAGUACCCCACUUUCUUCAGAGUAAUCCCCAACGAUGACUACCAGGUGAAGGCUAUGGCUCAGCUGCUGGUGCGGUAUGACUGGCGCUGGGUGGGGGUGGUACGUGGGGACCAUGAAUAUGGGCACUUCGCCCUACAAGGGCUGCUGAGGGAGCUAAAGGGGACGGGUGUGUGUGUGGCCUACCAGGAGAUGAUCCCUCUGCUCUACAAUCAGCAGAGGGCCCUGGAGAUCAUAGAGGUCAUGCGUAGCUCCACAGCCAGGGUAGUGGUGGUGUUCUCUGCCGAGGGGGAAAUGACCCCCUUCCUGAAGGACUACAUGGCACAGAACAUCACAGGCAUCCAGUGGGUGGCCAGUGAGGCCUGGGUCACUGCCUCUCUCUUCACCACCAGCGAGUACUUCCCCUACCUGGGGGGCACCAUCGGCUUUGGGAUCAGGCAGGGAAAUAUCCCAGGGCUCAGGGACUACCUGCAGACGGUGAACCCCCGCAGGUACCCCUCUAACCCCCUGGUGCAGCAGCUGUGGGAGGCUCUGUACGGCUGCUCUCCCUCUCUGUCCCCCUCCAGCCCCCUGAUGCUCCCCUGCUCAGGGCAGGAGACUCUUCUGGAGCAGCACUCAGCCUACAUGAACACCUCCAGCCCCAGAGUGGCCUAUAAUGUGUACAAGGCUGUGUACGCCAUCGCUCACUCACUGCACAACCUCCUCCACUGCCCGGCUGGGGCAGGACCCUUCCACAACCGCUCCUGCGCUCACAGCACCAACGUUCACCCCUGGCAGCUGCAGCACUAUCUACAAGAAGUUGCCUUUUACAUUUCUGGGGAGGAGGUGAACUUUGACCUGAAAGGGGAUUCCAUCCCGUACUAUGACAUCAUCAACUGGCAGAGGGGCUCGGGUGGGAACAUGGAGUUCAUCAACGUCGGCCUGUUCGACGGAGCAAAGGACUCUGGGAAGGAGUUGGUGAUCCAGGAGGAGAAGAUCGUGUGGGCGGGGCAUCAGAGCAAGCUGGUGGUCUCCGUGUGCAGUGCCAGCUGUGCUCCAGGAUCCAGGAAGGCUGUCCGUCGUGGGGAACCUCUGUGCUGCUUUGACUGUGUACCAUGUGACAGCGGCAAGAUUAGUUAUCAGACAGAUUCUAUAGACUGCACAGAAUGUCCCGAGGACUACUGGUCAAACGCUGAUGGAACAAUGUGCAUCCCCAAAGUGGUGGAGUUCCUUUCCCAUGAUGCAAUGGGGAUAGCCCUGACGGUGAUCGCUGUAGUGGGCGCCUGUCUGACCGUGUUCGUCCUGGCAGUCUUCCUCCAUCACAGGACCACUCCCAUCGUCCGCGUCAACAACUCUGAGCUGAGUUUCUUUAUCCUUCUCUCCCUGAUUCUGUGCUUCCUGUGUGCGCUGAUGUUCAUCGGGGAGCCCACCUCCUGGUCCUGCAUGCUGCGCCACACUGCCUUCAGCAUCACCUUCUCCCUCUGCAUCUCCUGCAUCCUGGGCAAGACUCUGGUGGUCCUGGCAGCCUUCACUGCCGCCAGGCCUGGGAACAACAUUAUGAAGUGGCUGGGGCCCAAACAGCAGAGGGUCAUCAUAUUCUCCUGCACCCUGGUUCAGGUGCUGAUCUGUGCUGCCUGGCUCAUGGCUGCCCCUCCCUACCCCUCCAGAAAUAUCCAGGACCAACGCUCUAAAAUCAUUCUGGAGUGCAGUGUGGGCUCCCAACUGGCCUUCUGGUGCGUUCUGGGAUACAUUGGCCUCUUGGCCUGUCUGUGCUUCAUCCUGGCAUUUCUGGCCCGGAAACUGCCAGGCAACUUUAAUGAGGCCAAGUUCAUCACCUUCAGCAUGCUGAUCUUCUGUGCCGUGUGGAUCUCCUUCAUCCCUGCCUACGUCAGCUCUCCUGGGAAGUACACAGUAGCUGUAGAGAUCUUUGCCAUCCUGGCCUCCAGCUUUGGGCUGCUGUUCUGUCUGUUUGCUCCAAAGUGUUACAUCAUCCUCCUGAAGCCAGAGAAGAACACUAAACAACAUCUCAUGGGAAAUAAAAAGUAGUGAAUGAGUAAUACAAAAUGUAUUUUUCUUGAUGUGCUUUUGUUACUUAAAAUGUAUAGUUUAUCCCAUAUAGGCCACAAUCUACACUGAGUAUACAAAACAUUAACAACACCUGAUCUUUCCAUGACAUAGACUAACCAGCUGAAUCCAGGUAAAAGCUAAGAUCCCGUAUUGUUGUCACUUGAUACAUCUACUUCAAUCAGUGUAGAUGAAGGAGAGGAGACAGGUUAAAACUUAUUAUGGCUGCAAUCCCAAAUUCAAACAACAGAAAUCUCAUAAUUAAAAUUCCUCAAACAUACAUGUAUUUUAUACCAUUUUAAAGGUAAUUUUGUUGUUAAUUCCACCAAAGUGUCCGAUUUCAAAUAGGCUUUUUAGCGAAACACCACAAACGAUUAUGUUAGGUCACCACCAACUCACAGAAAAUUUCAGCCAAAGAGAGGAGAUGAUUGAUGAUCUUCAUCAGAUGACACUCACUUGACUUCAUGUUACACAAUACAUAUAUGUCUUGUUCGAUUUAAGUUCAUAUUUAUAUCCAAAAACCUCAGUUUACAUUGGCGCCAUGUUCAGAAAUGCCUCCAAAAUAUCCGGAGAAAUUGCAGAGAUCCAUGUCAAAUAACAG